AUGGUCUUCAAUUUCCCGAUUCUUGAUUUUGACUCUCUUUACAAAACACCCCAAGAGUUCAGUCUACCAAAUAAAAUAAUCAACGAAGUAAAACUGCAAAAAUUCAGGUUUCCUGUUCCCGAUUUCGAAAAGUUGUCUCGAGAAACACCGCCACAAGAAUUUAGUCUUCCAGUUGAAUAUAACAUGUUUAAACGAAAGACCCUUUUGUCGAACGGUGACCCUAGUUCUCUUUUUUUUGACGAAAAUUCUGGAGUUCGUCGUAAACAUGAAAAUACAGCUUUUAUCUUUAAUCAAUACGAUUUUCUCUGA